GAAGCUCUAGAACAAAAUAGACGGCCAGUCCAGCCGACAGUCGGGUUUAGUUAGGCAGCUGAAGGGAAUUAGAUUUACAAACUUUCACGUUUGUCAAAUUUAGUAAUAUUUCAGCCAAUAAAUUAGUACUAGCUCUAUUAAACAUUAACAAUGUCAUCGCCGAUAGAAAUGACUGAAAUGUAUGACAACGCUCUACUUGGGAUCUUACAACACGUUGGAAAUAUACAGGAUUUUCUACAGGUCUACUUUGGAUUUCUUUACCGAAAAACAGACUUCUACCGUCUUCUUUCAGGUCCAAAUGACCGCAUGGGCUUUCCCCCUGGUGUAGCAGAGAAAAUGGUCCUCAAAACCUUCAAAAUCUUUGAGAAGUUUGCCAUUGCCGACCGGGAGCGCGAAGCGCAACGCCGAGCACCAGCAGCGAUUCAAGAGCUGGAGGUGCAGUCAGGGCAGCCGGAGGCAGGAGCCGUCGCCGCAGCGACAGCAGCAUCAGCAUCGGCAUCCAGCAGCCGCACGGUGGAGGCCAGUGCUCCAUCCCAGUCCCCGUCGUCAUCCCCAGCUGUCGCUCCGUCUCCAGCCUCUCUCGCUGCCUCCUCACAGUCCCAGAGCACCAGUGUUGCGCAGCAAUCAGGGGGUGACCAGGCAGCGGCGUCCACCUCUGCAGGAGCGACUGCAGCAGACCCAGCCAAAUCAGCUUCCCAGAGCAACCCGGACAGCUAUAACGGGGCUGUGAGGGAGAACUACACCUGGUCCCAGGACUACAAUGAUGUAGAGAUCAAAGUUCAUGUUGAGCCGAAUAUCCUUAAGGGCAAACAGGUGUCAGUUAACUUUCAGUCAGACAGACUUCGCGUUGCCUUGAAAGAGGGGUCAACAGAGAGGGUCCUGGUCGAAGGGGAGCUUUGUCACAAGAUCAACACGGAGAACUCACUCUGGAGUCUAGAGCCCGGACGAUGCAUCCUGGUCUCGCUCAGUAAGUUGGGAGAGGUGUGGUGGAGCGCUGUGCUGAAGGGGGAACAGGAGAUCGACAUCAACCAGAUCAACCGUGAGCGCUCCAUGGCAACGGUUGACGAGGAGGAGCAUGCAGUGCUGGACCGCCUGACGUUCGACUACCACCAGAAACUCCAGGGGAAACCUCAGAGUCAUGAAAUGAAAGUCCAUGACAUGCUGAAGAAAGGUUGGGACGCCGAGGGUUCCCCCUUCAGGGGUCAGCAGUUUGACCCGUCGAUGUUCGACAUCCCUCCUAGCGCUGUCCAGUUCUGAAGUUCACAUUAGCAAACAAACAAACACAAACACAAGCACACGUACCUCAGCGGGCACACACCUGAUUUGUGGUGUGCACCCUCCAGUGGGAGGAGAUAGAACGCCUCAUGGUGUGGUGACCCAGCUCUGAUUCAAAUGCCAAUAAAAGAAAAGAGAGGCUUGAUUGACAGCUAUGAAAUCUGAUUGGCUCUUGAGUAGGCCUCCCUCCUCUCCUUUUGUGUUGGGCAUGAUGGCACGUGUCUCUUUUAGACAAGUUACAGUUACAAUGAAAUGUUUGCUUUUUUCAUGUGGUUAGUGUUGCGUGAUUGAGAGGAAAAUGUCACGGGAGCUUAUGAUUGCAGUGUUGAAAUGGUGGACAGACGACCCCUGUCACAUCACCUGUUUAUAUUGUAUUUUUCUUUCCCUCUUUUCAAACCAACAUUUUUUAUUUGGUGUGGUGGAGGGAUCUGUGACAUAGUUAGAAAUCAACUUAAAUGUCAAAUGUUAGGGCCAAGGUUUUAAAUGGCAGGUCCUGACAUUGGAAGAUUUUGACAGACCAGAGUUUACUUUUGGGUCCUUUUGAAAUAUUUUGCUCGUUUGUGUGUGCCUGAUUUCAAUAAAUACAGGCGUCUGUUUAACGUGAA